CGGGUUACGGGUAACCUCCAGGAUUUGCGUUGGGCAUAAGCCCGAGCAUAGGUCGCACCAAGAUGGACGAAUUACCUUCGGUCCUUGUGGCUAUUCUCGACAUCCAUCCGUUAUCAUGGAGCCGUGAAGCUCAGCUGGCUCAAGCCAAACCGACGAAUGACAAUGGUGGACCAUCGACCGAUACCGCUCUUCCGGAUACGGCAUUAUACCUGAGUAUCGAUCGUGCUCUGGACCAAUUAUUGGUGUUCUUCAACUCGCACCUAGCGAUGCGGUGGGGAAAUGAGCUAGUCCUCUUUGUCGCCAUGGCGAACGGCAAGUCAGAGUUGUUGUACUCGUCGCAGGCGCCAUCCGUAUCCCUCCAGCACGACUUGGACGCCAACUCCUUCGAGCCGUUUCACUCGAUGGGCGAGACGAUCAGCAGCCGGCUAAGACAGCUCUUGGUCAAACAGAUGGAGACGCACGAAGAGGACGAUGUAGAUAUGGACGAGGAAGCCAAGACCAAGCUCGAUGGUCCUGCGAUCGUCCCUGCUCUUCUUCGAGCUCUGUGCCACAUCAACCGUAUACACCCAGUCGACUCGCAAGGCGUACAAAAUAUCCAAUCGUCGACCACCGGACAUUACGUUUUGGAUGAGCACGAGACGAAAGCGAGAGCCAGGAUCAUGGUCAUCAACAACUCGCACGACCGCGGGAACGGUGGGUAUGUAGGGCUGAUGAACGCAGUGUUUGCUGCUCAGAAACGGAAAAUCCCUAUGGACAUCCUUAAUCUCCACCCUGAGGACUCUAUCUUCCUGCAACAAGCCUCUCAUUUGACACACGGGAUCUACUACCGAGUAAGGCGGAAGGACGGACUGUUACAAUACCUGAACCUUAUUUUCCUAGCAUCACCGGACACGAGAAAACAGCUCGGCUUGCCGUCUCAGGACAAGGUGGACUUUAGGGCGGUUUGCUUCUGCCAUCACCGAGUGGUAGAUGUGGGGUUCGUCUGCAGCGUCUGUCUGAGCAUCUUCUGCGAACCUAAACCAUUGUGUAGCACCUGCAAAUCUCGCUUCCCGAUGCAGUCGGUAUUACAGCUCAAGAAGAGUUUGCCAGCAGCCCUGAUACAAUCGAUCACUGCGUCGAGACCAAAUCAGACGGUCGUGCCCAGUCCUUUGGCUGGGUGAGAAGCUUGUGUCCAGACUCAGCCGGAACGAGACAUCUUGUAUCCCUAUAACAUCGUUGUAACCCGCAGUCUAUGCAAGAUCACGUGAUGGCCUUGUGGCCUCAAGGUCAAAGCAUUGUAAUGAGAUCGUUCCUUUGUGCUUCCCGAUGACAUGCUCUCGUACAAUA